AUGAAAGAAAUAAAAGAUGAAGAAAUUUUUGGUCCAGUUAUUGCAUUUGUUUAUGUAAUAGAGUUUCAAAAGCGUGGAUUGCCUCAUGUGCAUUUCAUUACAUUUUUAAGUGAAAAGAUCCGUGAUACUGAAACUGUAGAUAAAAUAAUAUGUGCAGAAAUACCAGAUGAAAUAAAGAAUCCUGAGCUAUUUAAUAUUGUAAAGCAGUUUCAAGUCCAUGGGCCUUGUGGUAAUCAAAAUAUAAAUUCACCUUGCAUGGACUCUGAAAAAAAAAUUUGUACGAAAUAUUAUCCGAAGCCAUUUUGUUCAGAAACAUCUUAUCACUCUAAGAAUUAUCCAGAAUAUAGAAGAAGAAAAGAUGGUAAGCAAAUUAUCUUUUAUAAUAAAGAUGGAUCAAUUAAGUGUAUUGCAGAUAAUUCAAUGAUUGUACCUUACAAUCCAUAUUUAAGUAAAAAAUUUGAAUGUCACAUAACUGUUAUGGUAUGUAGUAGUACAGGUGGCAUUAAAUAUUUAUUUAAAUAUUGCUAUAAGGGCCAUGACUGUGCAUUUAUUGUUUACAAGGAUGAUAAUCAAGAAAUGCAAUAUGAUGAAAUUCAAUAUUAUUUAAAUACACGAUAUGUAUGUCCACCAGAAGCAAUGCAUAGAUUAUACGAAUUUCCUAUGCAUGAACAAUCACAUGCAACAUACAGAUUAGCUGUACAUUUACCUAAUCAACAAUCAAUAUGUUUUCAAGAAGGAUUAGAGGAAGAAGCCGUUAACAAAUUCAAAAACACGACAUUGACGGCAUGGUUUAAAUUGAAUGCAGAAGAUUCCGAGGCGCGCAAAUAUUUAUAUACAGAAAUACCUCAUAACUAUGUUUUUGUUGAAUCUUCAAAAACUUGGAAAGUAAGACAACGAAUAACUAAAAUCUUAAUUUGUCGAAUGUAUUUUGUUAGUCCAAAAGAUAUUGAAAGGUAUUUUCUAAGACUUUUACUACUUUAUGUACGUGGUGCUAAGUCAUUUGAAGAUAUAAAAACUUAUGAAGGUAUUACAUACAACACUUUUACAGAAGCUGCACGUGCGAGAAAUUUAAUGGUAGACGAUAACGAAUGGAACAAUUGUUUGACUGAAGCUGUGAGUAUGAAGUUUCCUAAAGAACUUUGUCGUUUAUUAGCAUACAUAUGUGUAUUUGGAUCGCCUGUUAAUGCUAUUGAUUUAUGGAAUAAAUACAAAGAAGAUAUGAUUUUUGAGAAUGAUUUACCUGUGGAAGUAUCGAUUCAAAAAUCAUUAAUUCUAAUUAAUGAAGUAUUUAGUUUUCAUGGAUUUUCGCUCCAUCAAUUUGGUUUGCCACAUAUUAAUCAGAAAGUUUUUGAUGAUUAUAAUUCAGUAAGUAAGGAAAAUAGUGCUUUAGAAUUACAAUUACUUAAAAUAAAGUCUGAUUGUCUUAUUAAAAGUUUGAAUGAUGACCAACGUAAUGUUUUCAAUGAUAUUAUGAUGGCAGUACAUAAUGAUAAUUGUAGUAAUAGAUAUAUUUAUCUCGAUGGACCUGGAGGAAGUGGUAAAAGUUAUUUACAUAAUACAAUAAUUACAACUGUAGAGAGUGAAGGAUUGGUGGUUUUAUCAGUAGCAUGGACUGGUAUAGCUGCGAAUCUUUUAAAAGGUGGACGAACGGCACAUUCUAUGUUUAAAUUUCCUAUACCAAUUAAUGAAGAUUCAACAUGUAAUAUAAGUGGGAUGUCAAAACACAGUGAACUUUUAAGAAGUGCUAAAAUCAUUAUUUGGGACGAAAUUACAAUGGCACCUAAAUAUGCUUUACAAGCAAUGGAAGUUAUGUUGAGGGAUAUUACGAAAUGUAAGAAACCGUUUGGAGGUAAAGUUAUUUUGCUUUCAGGAGAUUUUAGGCAAAUUUUGCCAAUUGUUCCACACGGUAGUCGGACUCAUAUUGUUGAAGUAUGUGUGAAAAAUAGUAAAUUGUGGCAUCUUUUUCAAACUAGGUCGUUACACGUUAAUGUUAGAUUAAAUAAUAAUCAGAUAAACUUUUCAAACUGGUUAUUAAAUGUCGGCGAUGGUAAACAUCAAAGUACAUUUGAAAAGAAAAAUAACGUUUUAGAAAUUCCACAAGAUUUGAUUUCGAAUGGAAAUUUAAUUGAAGAAAUAUAUGGUUCAUCAAUAAGUCGAAAUGAUGUAUCUGCUUAUUCUUCUUGCAUUCUUUCAUUAACAAAUUCUGAGGUAUUAGAUAUGAAUGAUCGUAUUUUGUCAAAUUCAGAAGGAAAUGAAGUUGUUUAUUACAGUAUAGAUUCACAUGUAGACGAGGAUCAGAAAGACAUCAAUAACAUUGUUCCAGUGGAAGUUUUAAAUAGUUUAACACCAGAUGGUUUACCACCUCAUAGAUUAUCAUUAAAGGAGGGAUGUAUAAUUAUGCUUUUAAGGAAUAUGAAUUUGGUUAAAGGAUUAUGUAAUGGUACCCGAUUAGUUGUCAAAUCUUUAUUAAGAAAUGUUAUUUCUGCAGAAAUUAUUGUUGGAAAAUCUAAAGGUUCUGUGAAAAUAGGUAUCUAUCAACCCAAAAAAGAUGCAUUCCUAUUACAUGAAAAAUUUCAAUUAACUGCACAUGAGUUUAGUGAAAUUAUUCCUGAAACGUCUUGGUUUAAUUCAAUAGUAAUAGACUGCUAUACUGCUACACAUGCGAAUACAUGGAAUGAUGUUUCUUAUAUGCCACUAGAUAUUUCGGGUAAAGCAAUUGGACAUUACUCAGAGAAUAGAUCAGAGAGUAUAACAUCUGAAAUAUUAACGAUUCGUACACCACUAAAAACAAAACUAGCAAUACCAUACUGUUACGGAGGACAUUAUUCAGUAAUUGUUAUUGAUAAAAGGGAAAAAACUUUUUUAUUGUUAGAUCCUAAACGAAAAUCUUAUGAUAGUGAUCGAGCAUAUGAAACCUUUUUAAAGUACAUAAGCAAAGUAAAAGAAUGUAGCAGUUUAUAUGAAUUAAAAGGAAUAACGUGGCGAAGAAUUGAAAUAUUAGAUAGACCAUAUCAAGAUGAAAAUGAUCAUAGCAAUUGUGGACCGUUUACUACUCAUUAUUUAGAAUGUAUAGGAAAAAAUAUACCAUUCGAUAAUACUUUUGAUCCAGUACAAUAUAGGCUGCAUAUAGCUCACACACUGCUAUUGCAAUCUGAAGACAUAAAAUUUUAUUGUAUGUACUGCUUUGGACAACAUAAAAAAGGAUAUGAGGAAAAAAUAUGUACAUUUUGUAAGCGUUGGGUGCACAUGCAAUGUAUUAUAAGCAAUGAGGAUACAAGUGACGAAGAAAGUU